UCUCGUCGUCUGCCGACCUAACCUCACUUUUAUUUGAGGUUAGGAUUCCUCCGAGAUGCGCACGUGUGUCCUGAGGAAUUUACUCGGGCGAGUAUCGCGCGAAUCCAUCCGUACUAGAGUACAGACGUACUCGCAAUUUCGAGAGACGAGACGAUUUUCGAAUAAACCGGGGAAUCCCGGUGAGGACGAUGCGUCAAAAAACGCAGACGAUAAUCUUGCGACCGCCAUCGGCUCGAAAUACAAGACCUUCCACGACGAAGACGCGGAUGUUAUUCUCGACGUGAGUGAGGAGCUGCAGAAGAUCAGCCUCGAGGACAUAAAUCAGCAACAGGAAGAUCAUGAUCCUUACGCCGGUAUUAAUUUGAGCCACGGUACUACCGGUGUAUAUGAUAUCGAGGAACUUGUUACAUUGCUGGAGAGGGACAAGGCGAAGAAUAUAUUUGUUGCGUCAGUGCCAAAGGAAUAUGCUUAUGUGGAUUAUAUUGUUGUGGUGACUGGAAGAUCGCAAAAGCAUAUGAGUGCCCUCGCCACCUUUGUGCGCAAAGUUUAUAAACUGAAGAGACAUCCGACUGAUUUAAUACCCAAAAUUGAAGGGGAGAAUUCAAAAGAUUGGCUAGCACUAGAUUUAGGAAACAUCGUUUUGCAUAUAUUUUCUCACUCUGCGAGAGAGCAUUAUGAUUUGGAGACUUUGUGGACAGUUGGUACGCGAUACGACGAUAAGAGUAACGAAUUACAGGAGUUAAAUAUUAUGGAUAAAUAUAAUGCCUUCUUGGCUGAAUUUCAACCGGCUGACAAUGCUUGAUGAGUCAUCCAUGUAUGAUGUAGAGUAAAUAAAAAAGUGAUAAAAUUAAUAAGCAAGGUUUGGAGCCACAAUCUGCUUUAAUACUUUAAUUGAUAAUUAAGUAAUUCUGACACUAAGUAAAAUGCUGUACAAAGGAAGGAAUCGCGAAUAUUAAUUUUCAUUAAAGAUAAUUAAUAUGAAUAA